CAAACCCACAAUGUGUGUGUGCGAAGCGCACACGAACAAGGUCCUCGCACACGCGCCCCAUGCGCUCAGACGGCUAGGACCUCGCGAAGAGCAAGACGACGCCGAGCACGGUACCGCUGCGCGCAAGCCGAGACGCCGAAACCUGAACCGAAACCACCAACGGCGCAUCGUUAGCAUCGUGUACUUCCCCGACAUGGUUGCAACAGAGAUGGCAACAAGUGCCGACCGUCCAGUCCGUCAAAGGUAGUAGUGACAGUGGGUGCGCGUGUGUGUGUGGUGCGCGAGUGGUCGUGUGCCAAUGGCUGUGGAACUGGGCCUGCGGGUGGUUCGUGGGCCCGACUGGAAGUGGGCGAACCAGGAUGGUGGCGAGGGACAUGUGGGCACCCUCGUGGAGAUUGGCGAACCUGGGAGUACGUCUUCACCAGAUCGCACUGUGGUGGUGCAGUGGGACUCGGGCUCCCGUACCAACUACCGCGUCGGCUACCAGGGCGCAUACGACCUACGCGUCUUCGACAAUGCCCCAGCCGGUGUGAAACACCCAAACAUCAUAUGUGACGCUUGUGUCAAGCGGGGCAUCAGUGGGACCCGGUGGAAAUGCACACGUUGCUAUGAUUUCGACUUGUGCAACCAGUGCUACAUGGCGGACAAGCAUGACCUCACCCACACGUUUGUUCGCUACGACACUGCUGGCUCCGCGGGGGUAGAGAUGCCCAGGAGGCAAGGUGCUGUCAAGAUUCAAGCACGUGGAAUAUUCACUGGUGCCAAGGUUGUUCGGGGCCCUGACUGGGACUGGGGCAAUCAAGACGGAGGUGAGGGCAAGGCGGGCACAGUGACAGACGUGCGCGGCUGGGAGACCGAGUCUGGACGCAGUGUGGCGAGCGUGCGCUGGUCCUCGGGUUCGACGAACGUCUACCGGCUAGGACACCUGGGCAAAGUGGACUUGAGGUGCAUCCAGGACGUGCCGGGACCUACUUAUUACCGAGACCACCUUCCUGUACUGGGCAUGGGCUCUGCGUCAGACCGGGCGGUUGUCACCCUGAGAGGUGCGUCAGCGCAGUCGCAGCGCUCUCCGUUCAGCGUGGGAGACCGGGUGGAAGUGUUGCUUGACAUCGAGUCCCUAAAGAUCAUGCAGGAUGGGCAUGGUGGAUGGAAUCCCAAGAUGUCUGAGGUCAUAGGAAAAAUUGGCACCGUGCAUCGUGUGACAGAUCGAGGGGACAUCAGGGUCCAGUAUGAGGGUUCUAACAACCGCUGGACAUUUCAUCCGGACGCCCUUACAAAGGUCGUGAUGUUUUCAGUGGGGGACAUGGUGAAAAUAUGCGAUGACCUGCACAAGCUCAAGGAGUGGCAAGUAGGCCACGGCGAGUACAUUGACGCCAUGAAAGCGUGCCUUGGCAAACUUGGCAAGGUGGUCAAGCUGUACUCCGACGGUGACCUACGAGUGAGCGUGGACGGCCAGACGUGGACGUUCAACCCGCUGUGUGUAGUUCCAGUGCCCGGUUCGGCCACUGAGAUCAGCAACACGAUGACGGCCAACACACGAGAAGAGCAUGCGAACCCGCUGCUCAGUCACUUGCUGGCCGAGCAGCAGAGUGACGCAGGCAGCAUGGACCGUCUGGUGCGGGAUGCGGCACAGGGUCACCUGGAGGUGGUGCGCGAUAGCCUUGCGAAACACCCAGACAAGGUGAACCAGAAGAGUUCGGGCAAAACAGCCUUGCAAGUGUCGAGCCAUCAAGGCCAUCGAGAGAUUGUUGAGCUAUUGCUACAGUGCGGCGCCUCAGUGGACGCCCAGGACGACGAUGGAGACACUGCACUGCAUUACGCUGCAUUUGGCAACCAGCCUGUGAUCAUGGAAAUACUGUUGAAGGCUGGCGCCAACAUCAACGCCAUCAACAGAGCCAAGUGCACAGCCCUGCAUGUGGCAGUCAACAAGCAGCACACAAACUGCAUUCGGGUCCUGCUCAAGUUUCGAACUAUUCUCAACAUCAACAUCCAGGACACAUACGGGGAUACUGCCCUUCACGACGCCAUUGGGAAGGACAGCGUUGACAUCAUAGACCUGCUUAUCAGCGUGCCCGAAGUCGAUUUUUCGCUCAAGAAUAAGCGGGGUUUCAACGUACUUCAUCAUGCGGCUCUUAAGGGCAACAACUUUGCGACAGAAAAGCUGCUGUCACGGACAAGGCAGAUUGUCGACAUCAAGAAGGAUGAUGGCUUUGCAGCACUGCACCUUGCGGCUCUGAAUGGCCAUUACUCUGUUGUGGAGACCUUGCUGACACAGGGCCAAUGCGAUGUGGACGUGCGCAACAACCGCAAGCAGACGCCGUUGCUGCUCGCAGUCAGCCAGGGCCAGUGUGGCAUCGUGGAGCUGCUGCUGGGCAUGGGAGCCCAGCUGGAUGCGCAGGACGAGGACGGGGACACAGCCUUGCACCUGGCCCUGCUCAAGCGCCAGGUCCUGCAGAUCCCCGAAAAUGGCGAGGCACCAGCCACAGCCAUGAUCGCGAGCCAGCUGGCUGCUUCAUGUCCUUCGGAAGUGGACGGCAGCAGCCUGGCCCUUGCCUGCCUCCUCGUCAAGGAGGGUGCCGACCUGCACCGGCAAAACUUGGUGGGGCGGACACCACUUGACCUUGCUGGCAGCCCAGCCAUCCAGGAGUUGCUACAGCACUGGAGUACACUCAGGGAAAGUGCAUCUGCGCUGACAGUGGCACCCCUUCUGGAACCAUCCACCGGAACAGCAGUGACCGUUUCCUCAGCUGAUGAGCUGCCUCAUGUCGCUGAAUGCCAGAUAUGCCUAGAGUCACCAGCCUCGGUGACUUUCGAGCCGUGUGGCCACCGUAUGGCCUGUGAAGACUGCAGCGUGCGCAUGAAGAAGUGCCUCACCUGCCACGAAGUCAUCACUCGCAAGCUUGAUGCCUCUGGUCGGACGGUGGCGCCUUCAGGCAGUGGCCGCCAAGGGGGCGCUGGCGGGCCCGUGAGCCUGGAGCGCCUGCGGCAGCUGGAGUUACGACUGCAGGAGAUGGAAGAGUGGCAGGGCUGUAGCAUCUGCCUGGAGCGGCGGCGCAACGUGGCCUUUCUGUGUGGACACGGAGCGUGCAGCGUCUGUGCCCAGACUCUUCGCAUGUGUCACAUGUGUCGUAGGGCUAUCACCCGCAAGAUCUUUCUCUACUAGUCUCUUCUACGUCAGGCAUCAGCAAUGAGGCUUCUAUUUUCUUCUAUCACCGCACGUGCACCUCGACGCAAUACUUGCACGUCGCACUGUGGUGGUUUCAAGAUGAUGGUCGUCUAUUGUUGUGUACGUUGGAAAGCAUCAGCGAAAUCACAAGUGGCGUAUCAACAAGAGCACCUGACAGCAGACCCACUGCCUGCACUGUGGACUUUUGAGUGCACACAUUCGUUUUUUUUUUUUCCUUCUUUCAAAGCGGUACGUUUUAAAUUGCAGCUGUAAAUUAUCACCUUCGUGUUCCGAUAGUUUUGUAGCAGUGACAAACCUGUUGCCAGUGGACUUUGUGUGUUCACUGCCUCCUUCGGCGUCGUCGCCGUUGAGGGCCCUCGUGUUGCGCAAGAACUGGCAGCAUCCCAUUGUUUUUUGUAAAUAGCUGGGGGUCUUUUUGCGCACCUGAGGUAGCUUGUGUCGUGCCGACGUGACUAAUGUGCACAGAUGCGGUUAAAACUGCAUAGCCUCGGGCAGCAUUUCGAGAGCUCCAAAAACAAGUGGUUUCCUGUGACUGUGGCUCUCUGGUGGUGCUCCAGUUGGCGUGCACAAGGGAACGUACAUGAUGCACAAAUUUUUUUUUGUUUAGUGACCCUGUUCUGCGGUAGCACUUUCUCUGCAGAGCUGUGAAAGGUUCAGUGCCAGAGACUUUGGUCACGAUUACAGUAGAGAAGUUCACGUGACUUGGUGAGAGGCAGUGCACUCUGUGUGUUAAUUUUAGUUAGAACAAUGUUGCCACUUGAGUGGGCGUACAAUUUCGGACGUAACGAGAGAAAGAGAAAGAUCUGACUUCAUUGUAUUGUGUAAAUAGUAGCCGGCCUGAAGUGACCGAAUUCAUUGUCUGUCAUUGUCAUGUGUGUGAAAGUUCAGAUCUGCUCAUUGCUUGCAAUAAGGAAUGGGUACAUAAAUGUGUGAAUGUUUUGCUUAUCUCUAAUAGACCGAUCUUGUAGGGAGCUUCUGCCGCAACGCCGCUCGCCGCUGCCACUGCCAUUUUAAGGUACUGGUGGUCGCAGUCCUUGGUGAACUGCACGGCAGCUAGUGGUGUAAUUGGAAGCCUCUAGCUUUGUUUACUAUUUACUAUGUACCAGCUUCUUUGUUCCCUGCAAUGGAGGGCUAUCAGAUAAAAGAUAGAAAUCUUGGGAGGAGAAGAGAAAGUUGUACAUAGUGGUUUAGGUUGAGGAGAUGCCCUUGCGUCUGUUGCUUGACAAAUGUUUUGGCAAGCCUUCAAUCUGUCAAACUAUGGCUAUCACUUUCAUCCGUUACAAAGAAAUUAGAAGAAGCAUUCUGCCUGUGUCUGCCCCCGCAAUAUUAUGCUCUCCCCCACAUAACACUGUGGGCAAUAACACCAGCAUUGAUAGCCUUGGCAUUCAGCUGAAGGGUCUCUCUGGGCCUGAGUACAGCUGGAGAGUAAUGAGGACCAACUGACAACCCAGCACUUGACAAGGCAGGUGAACUUGAACCAGAGUGUGGCAAGGUCAGUCUAUUGCCAAUUUUCUUGUAAUGCUUGUUGGAGCCAUCAUUGCAUUUGCUUCACAUUGAAAUGUGUUUUGCCCAUCGCUCAUUGAUAGUGACCAGGGGAAGUAUUCUGUAGGAGUCCACCUAAUGGACAUGUCCAUUUUGUCUGCUGUUGAAGUUCUGAUUGGCUGGGCUGGGCUGCGCGUCCGCAGCAACCAGGUGCCACAGCCACUCAGCACUUCAGCAGCAGAUGAAAUAAACAUGUCCACUAGGUGGACUCUUACAGAAUACCAUCCCUGUGCACAGAAUGCAUUAAUUGCUCAUGAUAAUUAACUAAUCAUGUUCAUUCUGCCGUACAGUCUUUGGUUGUCACUUGGAUGCACUCUUUCAUUUGUUCUAUAGAAUUCGUGGCGAGUUGUCACGGAUAAUUCAGGGGUGGUCAUAACGAAGCUGGCUUGUCAUUUAAUGAGCUCGUACUUCGGGCUAAGCAUUUAGUAGUUCCUCAAUUAAUUACCGCCUGUUAACAGGUAGUUGAUUGGUUCAUUGGUUACAUUGAUUUAAGGGCACACAUCUAAAACAGCAAAUCAAAGUUGCACAUUUCGCAUUCAGGAGUUGUUUUAACUUUCAGGUCAGUGACACUGCGGAGCAUAAAUUGAAUCUGUGUUGAAGGCAGUGAAUGUAAAUCCUAACUACCCCCAUUAUCCUGUGAUGAUGGGAGGUGGUUUACUAACAAAGGCACUGUAUCUCCAGGCAGUUGUGCAUGCAAAAGUAACAGGGCAUGCUCAGCAUGUUGAGCUCGCUGGACAUCAGCCAGCUAUAACUUGUUAAGUACACUAGGUAUUGCAAGUUGAGCAUGGAUAUGUAAUGAGUCACUCAGCCAGCUGUCGAUAUAAUUUGCCAGCCUUACAUUGCAUGUUUGAGGAGGAGCAGCAAGGUCAACUACAUGCAUGCUAGUAUGGUGCACUUUUGAGAUAAAUAUUCCGCCAGUGUGAUGAUUUUCUUCCUCUUUUUAAAUUUUGCUGAAAUGUUAGCAGCUGUCUGCAUAGGAGUGCACUAAUAUUGUGGUUGCCUUAGUGGCCUGUUUUAGAUGCUUAUCGCAGUUUCUUGUGGUAGAUCGAUGUUUUGACUGCCUGCACAUUAAAUAUGGCGAUGAGUAGUGGACUGCUGCUUUUUAUGGUUUUCAUUUUGACUUAAGAGACCAUUUUCAGUCCCAAAGCAUCUUUUCUUUCUCUCUUUCUUUCUUUAUUUUUUUAUUCUUUUUUUUUCUGAUAUAAGUGGGAAAUGCAGAAAACAUGUCAUUCUUAGGCAACCCACUCCAAAUCACUUUUGUUGGUGUUUUCAGCAUUUGAGAGGAAGCAUCACAUUCUAGUGACCAUAAAAGCAAAACUUUGCUUUGCACUCACAAGUCUGCCAUCAAAAUAUAUAGAAAUUGUGAUAUUCCAGGAGUUAGUCAUGCAGGCUGUUACAGCUCCAUCUUCCCUUGCUGAGAAAAGACACCAGGUUUUCUAAACUAGAUUUGAGAGUGCAUUUGAAGUGGAGUGGACAAAAGUCUAAUUACACUUUAUGUUCGUUUGUAACAUUAACAUUGCCUAGAUAAGUUCUUCAAUUGUCCUGCUUACUGAGCCAAUGACUUCACUCAGUCAGCCAAGCCAGGCACUGUAUAAUUUUCUUCCUUUCUGAAUUUUUUAGUAGGUUGCCAAAUUCAAAAAUUUAUCAUCUUUUAUGCAGCUGUACAGCCGUAAAUCCUCUUAUAAAAUAUUGAAGUAUUAUAUUGCUAUGUUCAUCACUCCCUAUCGAAAAGCUCUGAGGCCCUUGUCAAAAUUAGUCUCUGCAGUUUCUGUAAUUUGGAUCAUUUUCACCACAGCUGCUUCAUCAGCUGCUUUAUAAUGAGUGCGCUCCUACAUUUACCUUGUUUAUAUUGCUGGGAGGCUGAGCCUGAAGUCAAGCUUCUUAAGUACUCUUGGCACGAUGCUUUUCUCUACUAGAUAUAAACAGUUUCUACUGCAGCUUUAAAGGGCCCCUGAACCACCCCUCGGGCUUGGUGAAAUAACCUAGUCAGCGGGUAGCAUACACUGCUGUGAACAUCUCGGCCAAGUUUUGCUGUCAGACGCGAUGUGUGGAGCUUGCAAGUGGAGCGCAAAGUCGCCUUUCUAUCAAACGCUCUCUUUUCAAACAAAAGCCUGCUCUUCACUCUUUUCUGGAUGCUAUAUUUCAUAAUAAAACGGAUUCCCAUACGCGUCUACUAUUGGUAGCUAUGGUCGGCUAGGCAGCAUAGAUACUGCGGCCGCCGCGGGGUGCCACCACAAGUCCACUGGCUAAGUGCACUGUGAUUCGCUGAGGACAACCGUGUUUGGCUUACGGUUGGUGCGUCAUAGGCACCAAGAUCGGGAAGUCGUGGCAUCUACGUUAACCUCCAAAAUAAAAUUUGAACUACACGCCACAGUGACAUUUAGAAGGUGGAGCGUUGUGGGCACGCCCCGCUCCGCCAUAGCCUUUGCAGUAUACGACGUUGAAGAAGGAACAGGAGGUCAGCGGAGGCCGUGCUUGAUUGCCAAUAACUCCACUUCUGCUGAGCACACUGAAGUAGUUUUUUGCAGCAAAGUAUUUCUGAAAUAACCUAUUUUCACUCCAUAUGCCUUUCUCCACUUCGAUAAAAAGUGGUUCAGGACCCCUUUAAGGAACCGCCAUCUUAGGCUGUUGUAAAACCUUUGCGAAUGUACUGCUUAAUACAACGUGAUGUAGCAGAACUGUGAGCAGGUAAACAGCUGUGCAAGUUCGUUUGGCAUUACACACGCCUGACCACUCAUAAUUACUACUGCACACAACAUAAAGUGUGGGUGCUUCUGCUGCCUGACCUGCAAAUGCAGACAGCAAUGUCUCUGGAGCCAGAUGACUGAGAAAAUGACUCCUUAUACAGAACAUUAGAACAGUACAGGCUCUUCGCCAGGCAAAUAGCUUCUUAGUUGAACUUUUUGGCUUUACAUUUGCAUAGAGUUUAGUAAAAGCCUGCUGUCAUUUUAAAGGCUAGAGAUUGUGUAAAGGCUAGAGAUUGAUGUAGAGAGAUUGUGUGUACUACUGGAGGGAAUGUUUCUUGUGGUAUUGUGCCAAGGACGGCGAAAGCAGGCAGCUAUGAAUGUCUAAGCAAACGAGAGUGUCAUGUCUUUUUAUACUACAUUGCAUUUUUUAUCAGUCUUCUAAGGCAAAAAAGAAAAAGCUAUGUAUUGGUCUAGUCAUCGUUAUUCAUGCCCAACAAGUCUUCCAUGACAUGUGUGUGUUUACCAUAGGCGUUGUUUUGCUCCUCAAUUAACUUCGCUAAUGCGUGCAUAGUAGUAAGCAAUUUAGCCGUAGGUGCAGAGCUUCUCUCUUAUUGUGCUACCUUGGCAUUUAUUUCAUAGUGUCUUCUCUUUGUAUAUUGCUACGUAUAUGCGAUAUGUGAACUGUAAUCUCAGGUAGGGCAGCCGCUGCAGCUCUUGCUGUGUGUGUACACACUUAAAAAUGUUUUUUUUCUUUCUUCGAGAGUACAGACAUCUGCCUUUUAAUUAUAAUUUGACCCAUCAUUUGUAAGCACCGAUUACAAUUGUAGCAGACAUUGGACUAGAUAAAUGCGCCAUGUUUAAUUUAACCAUUGCGUUUGUUUUUGGUGCAGUUUCAGUUUCUCAUGCUGUUGAACUUAUUAGUAUUCGCAGCUUACAUGACUUUAAAAUGGUUGCGGAGACAUUCUCAAGUGUGCAGAUGCUGCAAUGUAUGCGGGCCCUGAAGAAAGGGUGCGUGCCGUGGGAUACACAAAGCUGUCGUUUUAAUUUUUUUUCUUCUUUUUUGUGUUAAGUGAAGGUUGUAAAUGAAAUGUCUGAGUUACGGUAAUAGUACCCUGGAGGCAAAUUUUAAGUCAUGCUAAAUUGACAGAACAUAUCCCUGUAAAUGUCCCUGCCUUUGUUCUGCACUAGGAGAUGACUUUGCUCAUUGAGAAAGUUGGGAUUGAAGACCUAUCUCUUUGAGACAGCAGACUGCUUGAGAAAAUAACACCUAAUUCACUUGCCGGAGAUCUUACUAAGUGACACUGACUAACACCUGCUUUGAGUUUGACGGCAAAACUAAAACGGUGCCGCACGUUACCAAUUAGCCCAGACUGUGCAAUACGAAGAGCUGGGUUCUUGUCUCGGGGCUCUUUUGUAGGAAAACCCAAUUGAAUUAGCCCAGCUGGACUUUCAGUUUAAGUUUAAACGUGAGUUAGGUGUCUCCUUCUUUUAUAGUUAUCUGUGGUCGAAUACCAUUUAGAAGUUGCUAUAAACAGGACAAAAAGCAUCACAGAGAGCCAAUUUUGCAUUUCAGAUGGUAUUACCAAUCUGGCCUGGCACUCUUCACUUAAGAAGCCCUGUUCUUAGUAAAGUUGGCACUCUGACCAUCCUGGUGUAUUAAUCACUUUAGCAUGAGUUACCAUUUGCCUCUUGAGUCCUUUUUAAGGCCAUGCAGUCAAUGCCACAGCUGUGGCCACUUCCACGUACAUACUGUCAAGAACUCUCUGAUUCACAUUGAGCAUCUGGCAUUUGGAAGAAGUAAAAGAACAAAAGAAAACUUGGUAAUCAAAUAUAUUCACUGUGCUUGGGAGCUUCACAGCAAGCUUUGUAACUCCCAGAAAUAUUUUUAUCGUUCCUUUAGCACAAAGGGGAAAAGCCUAAAUUUUGAUGUCAGUACUCCCCCCCACCCCACCCCCUUUUUUUUUACAAAAUAUAGAACAGAAAACUUGUUGCUCAAGCUCUAGUGCAUAGUACUCUAAAUCUUUAUAAGUAGUGUUUUUUAGGGCAUACUUCAUGCUUGUGUGCAGUUUUGCGUCUAUAUAGCAUUGCUGAAGCUGCAUCAGCCUCGUGGAUGUUCCAUGCGACUUGCCCUGUCAUGGAUUUCAAGCCUUUUGCUCAUUUUCGUUUUUCUUGCCUAGAACAUAAUUUCUUGAAAACAAAUUUCACUGCAGUCACAUUAGAGUUUUAGGAACAGUGGGUAGGCAGAUGGGCCUAGUGUGCUCGAGGAAUCUUGUCACCAUUACUACACAUGUGGUGAACCUGAACUCUGCUUGAAUGCUUUGUUGUUUUUUUAAUGCAGGAUCAGUGAUAUAGAGCAAGUUUGGGUGCACUGUUUCUGAAGCUACCUAUAGAAACCUAUGAAAACUCCACAACUUACCCAUCUCCUUAUCAUCAGUGGUUGAGAGUGCUACAGCUGCUCUCAGCAUAUCGUGAAGCAUGCAUAGCCUAUGACUAUAAGUGCUGUCUCUGAAAAUUUGCCCUAGCUGCUGACAGUAUGCAGAGAAAUCGCAGCAUAAUCAGUGUGCUACUCUCUCACAGUGCCUUUUCCUUUUUUCCUGUGGCAGAUGUUGAGAAAAAGUAAAGAGUGUUGAAAAUAUGUGCUUAUAUAAUCGUUCUCCCACUGGUCGUAAGUUUUCAAUUUAUGUAGAAUCACACCCCCUCCCAAGUAGACUUGUCGUGAUUGGUCAAGAACAAGCUGUACUCAAGAAUCUCUAGGGGAGAUUUCUUUUAUUUUCUUGUGUCUGUUUCGUGUUUUCAAUCAAGGAAGACUGAAAAUAUUUCUCUCCUGUUUAUCCUUCACAUAUUUCCUGGGUUGUUUUCUUUGAAGGUCAUCUACUACAGAGCUUUUGUUGAAGCUUUCUUUCCUUCUCUAGCACGUUAAUUUAAGAAAAUUCAUUUCUACCAACAUGCAUAUUCAUGCAUAUCCCAGUAUGAUUGUGUUGUUCGUGUAGACUGCCAAUUUCGAUGCAUUUGUGCUUGUGAUUGCAGUGUUACUCGUUUGAGCAUGGCAUGUAAAGUACCUUUGUUAACGUUCUGGUACUUAUGUCCAUUUUAUCGCGUUAUUUCAAGGCAAUAUACUUAGUUUCAAGAAAGAAAAAAGCAUCAUAUCCAAGAGUGAUUGCAUCCUGAUUACUUAUGCAUGAAAUAUCUUUUUUUGGUGGCCGUCUAAGGCAUUGUAACAUAUCCAGAAAAUUAUAACUACUCAUAAUAUUGCCAGGGACUGCAACUGUUUUAUCCAAGACUGAAGGAACAGUUUCCUGUAUUUUCUUUUUCCUGCAUGUAUGUUAUGCUUGAGUGGCUUUUGUUCACAUCCAAAACAUCUUAUCACUUGUGUCAUGCAGGAUUUAUCAUUGCUGAGUCUCAUCUCACAGAGAUCAUUUCAUGUAUUGCUCUAUUGCUUCAUGAUGAAAGAGUGGCUCCUAGAUACAGUUGUGAACACUGGUGGCUUAUUUAUGUUUACAUGAAUUCAAUAACUUUCCAGUUAUAAGCUUAAAGUUUUUUUUCCAAGCAUCCCGCAGGGAUGCUUGGACUUUGAGGGAUUAGCACACACCAGAUAUGCGGUCAUUCUUUCGUGAGAAAACGAAACAAAGCGAAAUGAAGUGGAACGACCAUACCCUUCACAGAAAGAAGGAAAAUCUACGCAGCAAGCAAAAGACAUGUUGUUGCCAAAUUUCUGUGGCAGCAACUAGAUGCAGGCUUACCCUGCUCCUGUUGAACCUGGCUGACCCCACAUUGGCUUAAUGCAUGCCUGUGCUACUCGGGAAUGCGCACUUGUGCACUUAUGGACAGAUUUGAGAAAUGGAAGCUUCAACGAAAUGUUUAGGAAGCAGGAAUGUGGCGCCCUGCGUUGAUGAGUUUGGCACAUGUUUCUGCAUGUCAGAGCGAUCAGCCUUGCCACUCACUAAGUGACAAGGCAUCUAGAUCGAUGACCAUUAAUUUUAGCAUCAUUUUUAGUGCUCAUGUAUCCAGGCAGGUUUGCAGCACAAGUCCAGUCCUGCAAAGACGCAUUUCCAAGAAACUGCUGCUUUCACUUCAGCGCCUUUCUUUUCUUUGCUCUGUUCCCAGAUGUACUACGCUAUUUGAGAUUUCGUAAGUAGAUGAGGCUAGUGAUACUGCAUAGGCCCAGUACAAAGUAUACGAGUAUACAAGCAGUGCUCCAACCUAUGCAUGCCUGUAAGAUUAGUCACACCGGUGAUGGAGCUUCUGCGAUUUCCUAGUUUUGGAGCGAUGACCAUAUCAUGUAAGAGACGACAAGAGCACAGUCCUGUCUAUUGCUCAGUAGAAUUUACAAGAGUUGCCUCCUUGGACAAGUCAGAAGGUGGACUGCUCUCCAUGUCUACUAUAGCGCAGUGUCUGUACAACACUAGCCCUAGCUGCAAUUGGAGCCUUACUGAUAGUCUUAAACCAUUAUAAAAAGUAAAGAAAGGCCGUGCCUACAUAUUUUUACAACACGGCAACAGCAUUAGGCUGGAAAGAAGAGCCCCUGGGAAGCUCCUGCACAUAUCUCUCUACUUAGCUUUCGUGUGCGGGCAGGCAUGCCAAGGCAACAGUACAAGGUGUGCCAUGCAACUAAAUAGUCCUUCAUAGCUUAUUAGCCGUAAUGUGUGCAUUGCACUUUUAUGCAGUUUUUCACAGCAUGCCGCCUUGAGGUACUUGCACGUGGCAGUGUAAUCCUGGAGCAUUGCUAGUGUAGCAACACCUGCAGGAGUGUAUAAUAUCUUGUGGGUCAUACUUUGUUUUUUCUUUCUUCUUUCUGGCACACUGUACUUACAACUCAGUCCAUAGAUGGUCAGUGUUUAAGCAAGGACACAUACUAUGUUCAACGUACCACAUAUGCAGUUUUCAUUCCAUGCAUGUCAGUAGGUUGAGAUUAGCAUGUUCAGCGCACCUCCUCUGUGCAUUUGCGGAAAACAGUUGGCGAGGGUUUGGUUCUUUCAGGAAUGUGUGUACGACCAGGUUUUCUGUGUGUGUGCACAAUCACUUUUGUGUGAUAGAUGCUGCCUGUAUUAUAAUCUGUACUGCAGUGUGCUUCUGUGUGUAAAGUGUGUCAUCUACUCUAAAAUGAAAGAUGGGAAAGUGAGGUUGGUGCCACCGACCACUUGGUGAUCUUUGUAGAAGUGAUUCAAGAAAUGGACGCUGAAACAUAGAUGAAGAGAAACUUGUUUUUUGAUUGAUACGUAUUGUCGAUUCCACCAUGGCCUCUAAUAUGUUUACAUAUUUGGAAUGGGCCCAACUCUGCCAGACCUGUGGAGCUCUGGAAGCCUUCAUUGUCAGCUCGAAAUCUUGUCCUACUAAAAGCAGGCAGGUUUUGGGAUUUAGCAGUAGGUUUUGUGUUACCAGAUCAUUGCUCCAAUUCCUUAUGCCUGAUGAUGAUGAUAGUAUAAACGUAGGCCAUGGCAUUCAGUUAGUAUUCUUUUUUCAGUAAUGGUUAGCCGAAUUUGUAAUUCUUGUAGUUGAAAAAUUACUUCAACCUGUUUUAUCUUUGGUAGGUCACAGUGAAGCACCAGAAGUUUCUUUUUGUAAACACUGGGACAAGCGUUGCGAGAAAACAUUGCUGACCAGUGUCGUGUUGUAUUGUGUGUGAAGAAGCUCGAUAUAUUUCAUUUGUUGCGACAAUGCUAUGCCCAUCGCCUGCAAUGUGAAAUGCAAAUCCUGCAAAUGAUUGAUUGCACUUUGAGAAGUAGCCUUCUGCUUAAGUUGGGUUUUUAGAUCUUUUCCAGUUUUGACUCCAGUUAUUGCACUAACAAUGUUUCUCUUACCCGAGUUGUCCAGGUCGCACGUUUCAGCUUGAAAAAGAUGAGCAUUGUUUAUACGGCAGCACUUCUUCUUUGUGAACAAACGUACUUUACUGGUCAGGUUACAUUUGGAUUGAUAGAAAAUAAGACACCGUUAGCAAUGACUUUGUGUUGCUUUUUGUUCAUUUGUCUACGUGCAUAAAAAUUUUCAGGCCUAGCUGUAUGCCACUCUUGCAACUGACCUGCAUCCCAUAUGUUACGGUGCAGUUUUUGAGCGCUUAAAAGUGUUUUGUCAUGGGAAUGUGUACAGUAGCUUACUUGAGUGACGUGUGAUAUACAAUAGUGAUCAGUCACUUUUGCGAUGCCCCACUUGUACUUUGCAUAUUAGAGAUAUGCCAGUGGCCCAACCCCACCACUUCCCUCCCGUUUUGUGGGAUCUCAGGUUGUCCUCCUUGUGUGCUUGUGUCAGACUAUUUUUGUCACACACCGUCUGAUGGGCACUUAUUUAAUGAAUAAACCUUGAAUUACA